ACAAACCUCACAACUAGAGGCUCAAAUCAAGAGAAUCGGAACGGAGGUGACCUUCUGUUCUAGUUUGACUUUCCCUGCAGUACUGAAUUGUCUUUAGGAGGGAAAUUCAUGCACGCUCCAAGUCAGCCUUCGUAAAAGACUUUGGCUGGCUUCAGCCUGUCUCUCUGCACCACACACACUGUGGAUUUUCUGCUCUGGCAUUUCAAUCACUUGGAAUGACCACUAAAGCCUCAAGUUCUGGAACCUCUGGAUUUAACCUAAAAUGAAUUCUGAUUUUGUGUUGAUGGGAGACAGUUUCUCUGUAUCGUUGUGGGGUCUUUAAGAGCCUUGCCUUGGAGAGGAACCACAUGGGAAAAACAAAUCUUUGGGCAGUCCAAGAAAGGGCCUUCUGACCUAGAAGCCAGGGCGGCCCCCGACCUGCCAUGUACCCCAACCCUCUCAUCUACUGCACCUGCUGGGACCCCUGGAACCUGGGACCACGAAGGCUAAUCAAGACUCCUCAGCCACCCAGGAAGACCUCUCCAGUGAAGCCCAAGCUAACUCCUCUUCCUUCAGCUUCAAAAAAACAAAAUUAUGUCCAACCAAUAACUAAAUCUGUUAUCACCCCAAAGAUGAAAAUCCAUUUGGGAAAACAAGAGGAGAGCAAUAAAUUACUUAAUGAAGUGAUAAACGUGUCACCUGGCUACCGCCUCAUUCGGAACAGGGAGCAGAUUUCCGUCACCUUGGGAGAUGAGAUAUUUGAGAGGAAAAAGCUUUUGGAAUCAGAGCACAUGAACAAAGUCAAUUUUUCCAGGACUGACAUCGUUACCGACCUAGAGGAACAGAUCUCAGAGCUGACAGUGAUUAUAGAGCAAAUGAACAGAGAUCAUCAUUCUGCCCAGAAAUUGCUCUCCCAUGAAAUGGAUCUCCGCUGUGCUGAGAUGCAGCAGAACUUUGAAAGCAAGAAGAGGGAGCUUGAGGAGGCUCAUGCAGCACAGCUCUGUGAGCUGGAGAAAAACUACAAAGCAGCUUUGAAGGCAGAGAAAUUGGCUGCCCAGGAUAAACUAGAGGAGAUGGGAAAGGAAUAUAAGUAUUUGAAGAAUAUGUUUCACAUAUAUCAGGACAGCAUUUAUGAUGAAAUGGAGGACAAAUGGUCAAAAAAGAAGGCAGAAUGGGAGAAGGAUGAGAAGUUGGAGCGGGAAAAGAUCCUUCUACAGCAAAAACAUAGGAUAACCAAAAAGUUUGAGUUAGAGUCAGAAGAAGAGAAGAAGAAACUAAGUGACUCCUACAGUGCUAUCUUUGAGAACUUCAAUCAAGAGAAGGAGGAGCUCUUGAAACAACAUGAAAGGGACACCUUGCAAUUAGAGGAGCUGAGGAAGAACAAAGAGGUCUUAGAGGAAGAGCUGCAUGCUCAAGCUCUUAUUCUGGAAUCACUUAACACAACCCUCUACCAAACCCAGAUGGAGCUCCAGAGAGAGAAAGCUACGGUGGCAAAUCUGGAGAAAGCACUCCAAUCCAAGCUCGCUGAAGCUGAAGAAAAGUUUCAGCGCACCAUCCAGCACCUGACAGAAGAAAACAUUCUUCUAAGGCAAAAGAUGAUUGCCAAAAAUGAAGAAAUUUAUGACGAACGAUCCGGGAAAUCAACCUCUGUUACAAUUUAUGAACGUAAUUCUGAAGACGGAGGCAGCGAAACAUAAGAAUCAUGAGCAGAUAAGUUAUUUUCUAUCAUCAAAGGCAGUGAUAGCUUUUGUAGGUUUAAGAACUCCUGUGAGGUUUUCUUAAGAAAUGCAUAUGGUGAGUUUA